CAAAUAUUUUGGCAUUUCCUUCACACACGCGCGCGCGUCAGUCCGCGACGGGGUGCCGAGGUAGGAGGUUGUUUCGUUGUGCUUGAAAGUCGCGUGAUAACUUUCGUGUAAAACUGAUUUAAUUAGUUUUGUCGUGUUUUUUAAUACUAUUUUUGCGAGUCUUGGUUUAUUGUAGAAACUGUUACUGUGUGCAAUUACGGAAAUAUAAAGUGUGGAAUUCUUGAAGUGCAUUUUGGAAUGUUGCAAACAUCUCAGGUAGCACCGCAGUUUUAGUACGAAGUGAGCGGAUUUUUCACGGUGUUACGAGUGACGUGUGUGUUGUGCAAGUGAUACAAUACGAGUGAAUGAUGCUGUGUUAGUUCAUAAUGGCGCCAAAGUGGCGCUGCGGAUGGGUCACGUGACGUCUGUUUUCCAAAAUGGAGGAUUCAAGUCCCGCCACCUCGAUUAUCGAGGGCACCGUAAAGUUCCGCGAUGGAAAAAAGUGGAAAUCGCGGUGGUGUGUCAUGCGUAAACUUUCUCCAGUGGCAGAUUGCGUUCACAUCCAGCUGUACAAGGACCUGAAAGAACGCCAGAAGAACGGGCAGACAAAAGCCUCUCUGUCGCUACAACAGUUCCUGGGUUUCGAGUCUGGUUUCACAUUGGACAAGGAGUCAAAUACACUAGCCUUGCUCUGUGAGGACGUGGUACCAGUGCUGGCAUUCGACACCAGGGAGAUACUUAUCCAGUGGAGAGUGAAGGUGCAACACAACCUUGGCAGCAGCAAAGAAUUCGCAGCUGUUUUAGUAUCAUCACCAAGUACCAACAGCAUCAAACCUGGUCCAGUGCGGCUGCAUGCGUGCGGAUCUAGACUGGCUCUAUGUGCUGGCCGUCCACCCGAGGUGCUAGCCCUAUGGGAUGUCAAACUACUCAGACGCUACGGUUUGGUGGACAAGAGGUUCUGCGUGGAAGGAGGCUCCCGGUGCGGACGUGGAGAGGGGCUAUUCGUGUUCGCAGCUGAAGGGGGCAGGGAGCUCACCAACCUCCUUAAUGUGCACAGCCACGACGCACAAUCGAGGCUCAGCAUAGCAUCUAGAAGCGGUUCAGUCCUAGAAAAGCGGUUCUCCGACACCAGUUCUUGCCUGGACGAUUUCCACCCAUCCCUGCGCUCGGUUUCCCCUUGCUGGGCUGCUCCUGCCAGUCAAACUAUGCACUGCCUGUCAGACUUAGAUAGCAGCAUGGAAGAAGACCGCUUGAGGCGGCCUACUUCGCUGCCCAGGUGCUCCAGCUGUAUCGGGAAAAUUAGCCACCUGACCAGAUCAUCAACGAUGGGUACGCCCGGCUCAAUAAUGUCUCCAGUAUGGACAAUGGACAACAUCCUAGAGAAACGAUCAGACUCCGAUCGUGCGUCCAUAUACUCGAGAUCCAGCGGCAGUGCCUCAGAAUACAGCGUGCCUAGGAGCACGUGUCUUCUCGAUAAAAGUUUUGAAUCCAAGCGAGCAAGCCCGGUAGGAUGCUGUACUCCCACUGUCCCGGCCAAAGCAGGGAACAGCUGUCAGUGUUGGCAGCAAAAACCAUGCUGCUGCAACAAAAAGAAGUCUUUUAGCGGUCCGUAUGAAAACUAUGAUGUGCCGAAGACACCGAUGCCUUUAAUACAGGAGCACCCAAUAGACGGUAGUACAGACCCCUCCUCACUAUACGAUACACCAAAGAAACUAAAAUGUCUUAUUAAUGGUCAAGCCUGCAGCUGUAAUAAUAAUAUGAACGAUACCAAAAAAGAUGAUACAGAACAAAACGACGACCAGUGUGAUACUAGUGUUAAUAACAACGAUGCGACUAAUGAAGCAGCACAUUCGAAUUACGUUAACGUUACCCCAGUAACCAAAAAUCAAGAUUUACACAUCGACUAUGGAAAUUACGCGAAUGUGGACCUUUCGGCUACUUUAGAAAAAUUCGAAAGUUCCUUGCAGAUUUUACGAAGCGCUGGAUUCAGCCAAGAAGAACUCGACGCUUUGGAAGAUAUACCGGAACACGAUGACGACAUAUCCUCGGCAACUACGAAUACUGUGCAUCCGUCUAUGGAUUGCUGUAACGACCACAUAAACUAUAUGCAUAUGGAGCCAUUAGAAAUAAGUAGUUCGAGUAGUAAUAAAAAUUGUUCGGAUAAUAUAAGUAGGAUCAGUCACGUAUCAGAUCCAACACAACAUUCUGACAGUGUAAGCACAAUAAGCACUAGAAGAUCCAGUUCAGCCGAUUUUACAAAACGAUUAGAUGACGAUUAUCUUAGUAACCAAAUAUGUUUCACGCCUACAGUUCUCAGGAAAGCUUCCAAGAACGAGAGAAUAAAUGAAGGUAUACCUUUACCGAACAAAACGAAGAACGUUGAAAAUGACAAAGUUUUCAAAGUGCCCGAAGUGAAAAGUGAAAAUGUCUUCGUCGCUCGCUUCAGAGAUGCAGUAAAAAUCAGACGAUCAUCUAGCGUUCCCAGUAAAUCUGAUAAGAACAGGGAUUCCUCCAGUUCUAAUGACUCUGGAGUGUCAACUGGGUCUCUGAAACAUCAUAAGGGGGACUUUAAAGAUUUCGAAAUGCCUAUAACUAAUUGUAAAUCUAGCAAGAAACAUAUGAAAUGCAACAGGCAGGUUAGGAAGACGUUAACCCCUGCACACUCGCCAUUCAUUAAGUCAAACUCCUCAGAUCCUUUAAAAAACUUGACAUUUCAGUUUGAAGAAGUCGCUGCUCUUACGAAAUCUAACUCUUGUGAUGUCGACACUUUGACGAGACGAAAAAGGAGAACUCUGGACCCGGAAUUAUCGUCGCGGCUGAGCCAGCUGACCAGUGGCGGCACUUCGAGUGGUGCAUCAGACACAUCAGACUACAUGGAGUCAUUGUCCGUUUCCUCAUUGUCGUCCUGUGACGUCGCCGCCGACAGGCACGCUGCAAGGCCGCGUUCACACCGCGAAUAUGCCAACCGUGCCGCCGUAUGCGAUGCUUCAAACGUCUGAGAGCCGAGUUUAUACCUUGAAUAUGUCAUAUGCCACAAUUCACGUAUCUGGGACGCAAGCUCACAUCGCAUUUAGACCAGCCGUGUAGCAAUAUGUGAUGUAUGAUCACG